CAUCGCCUCCACCUAAUGAAAUUCAUCGGAAGAACAACUCGUCUAAAACACGACUACAAGCCUGAAUACUUCCAUGAAAAACACUUCCUCUCCAAAUAACAUGCUUGACCGCAAAAAGCAAAUCGAGAAGGAAGAGAAGCAGAUGGAGAAGGAUAAACAAGCAGAAGCCAAGAAGAAUGUCAAGCAAGAGAUUGAUAAGAUUAGUAAGAGGAAGAAGGCCCAACAGGCGAAGAAUAAGGAGCUCCAGAAGAUUAUAGCUGAGAAGAGUAAGAAGGUUAGCAUCGAUUUAAAGAAAAGGCAGGAAGAGGAAGAGAAAUAAGAUCAACCCAUUAUUGAAGAAGAAAAAGAAGAGGUCCAAAGUGACGUUGAAUAAUCUGAUUAAGCUAAGAUCAGCAGCUGAUUAUAAUGUGAAGUCGAAGAAAGAUCUGAAAAAGACUUUGAAAAAGAGUUUGUUAAAGAAAACACUUGAUGGUGGGAUGACCCCGAAAAGAGCAGAGGAUAAUGUUAAUAUUCCUGCAACUGCCCGAGAAAGUUUGCCCAUGAUUACGCCUACACCAAAGGAUGAAGGUGGGCAAUCUUUAUCGAGUGGAGGAUUAUCAAGAGGGAGUACUCCUAUUGUACUUUCUGAGAAAACUCCAAAAACACCGAAAAAGCCAAAGAAGAGUAAAUUUAAAGAGCAGAAAAUAGCUGAUGGCAAGAUAGAUGUUGGGGCAAUUGAAAAAGUAGCCAAAUAUAAGAUGGAGCAUCAAGAAGACAAAGAUGUCCUAGAGAUAUUUGAUGAUAAAGCCAGAGAAUCUCAGAAAUCUUUCUACAAUAACGCUUCUUCUAAACAUGGCUCAAGCAGGAAUUUUAUGGAAGAUGAUAUGAGACAAUCCUUCUAUGAUGGCAAUGGGAGAUAUUCGCAAAGGACCCAUGAUAUAGUUAACGAGUAUUUGUCAGAAAAACCAAGAUAUGAAUCAAGAAAGGUGAGCAUUCAAGAGCAUGCUUUUGAGGAUUUAAAUCCUCAGCACCACCCAUUUCAAACACCUCGGGGAGGUAUUGCUCAACUAAUAAGCAUGGCUAAGCAAUCUUCUAACUAUAAUUUAUCCCCAGGAAUGAACAAAUCUCAAAGUGUAUUAGACUUGAAUUCUCGAAUAAGAAGCACGAUUGAUGAAAAUAGAAGAUCUUAUCAGAUGUAAUUACUUUAAGAACUUUGGCUUCACCAUUCCCCAUACAAGCAUGAUCAUUGGCUUGUACAUUCUCCACUUCUUCUGGAAUGUGCCUGUUGCGAAUCCCUUGAUGAUCCAGAUCAAGAUGAGAAUCUGAAUAAUUCUUUUAAUAAGCUUUUUCUGUCCAAUUUGUCCAAACUUUAAGAACAUCAUCACUGUAAAUUCUUUCAAACCUGUAAAUGGAUAAGAGGCUACGUUAAAGGGAUAGAAAUUUAGAGGAAGCUUUGUCAUGCAUGCCUUUGGAUGGCUAAAGCAUUGGAAACCAUAAACUCCAUGAUAGGAGCCAUAUCCACUAUCUCCAACUCCUCCGAAGGGAAGAUAUGGAUGCACUGCUUGGAAAGCAGCCUCAUUUUGGACAAAGGCUCCGGAAGAAGUUGAGUCUCUUACAAGUGCUCCAUUUCCUCUAAAGUUACAUCCGAAGUAAUAGACAGCUAAUGGUUUUGGUCUUUCAUUGAUGAAGUUAAUAGCUUCUUCAAUAUUAGAGUAUGAAAUGAUGGGUAACACUGGACCAAAGAUCUCUUCUGUCAUGAUCUUUGAGUCUAAGCUAGGAUCUUCAAUAAUAGUUGGUGGGAUCCAUUUCUGUUUAACAGCUUUCAAGUCUUCUUUAUUUCUCACUCCACAUAAUACUUUACCCUCGUGGUUCUCUGAUAGAUACUCUUUGAUUCUUUCAACAUGAGUUUCAUUGAUUAUUCCUCCCUUAUCAGUGUCGAGAUAAUUUUCAGACUUAUCUUGGAAGCUAUUUUUAAGUUCUUUCACUAAUUUCUCAGUAAAUUCUUUUCUAAAUCCGCUAGAUACGUCAUCAUGGACGAGAAUAUAAUCUGUAGCAACUCAUGUCUGGCCUGAGUUGGAGAAUCUUGCUACUAAAAUUUUGGCGACUGUAUUGCCAAUAUUAGCUGACUUAUCAACAAUAGCUGGGCACUUUCCUCCCAAUUCUAGGAUUCAGGGAGUCAAAUUUUUAGCUGCAGCUUUUGCGACAAGCUUUCCUUUUUCUGAAGAUCCAGUGAAUACUAUUAAAUCAAAAGUUUUGGUGAUGAUCUCCUUGGAUACUUCUACACCUCCUUCAAUUACCUUGUAAGCUUUCUGGUCAAGAUACUUCUUGACUAACUUCUCAAUCACUUUAGAGCAACUUUUGGCAACCUCCGAUGUCUUUAUGAUUGCCAUGUUUCCAGAUCCUAUAGCUGUGGCAAGAGGCUGAAUUGCUCCCAUAAGAGGAUAAUUCCAAGCAUUCAUGAUCAAGGCCACUCCUAGGGGCUCAUACUUGACAUAACUCAGAGCUGGGGUCAUGAACAUAGGAGUUGGUACGUUUGUGGGCUUUGCCCAAGAACAUAAAUUGCUUCUGAUAUGUUCAGCUUCUGAAAUCAAAUGCUGAUAUUCAAUCACUUUAGAAAGAUAUUCGGAUCUUUGGAGGUCCAAUUUAAGAGCCAACAAAAGCUCUGAUUUCAUUUCCUUCAGGCCUCUAAUAAGGUUGCUAAGCUGUUGUUUUCUAUAGCUUAUAUCUUUAGAAACUCCAGUCUCAAAGUAUUUCCUAGCAUUUUGUAGGCAAAUAUCAAUAGUGGGGUCUGAGUUCUUUUUAUCUUCUUCCAUUUUAAUUUAUUAAU